CUUAAAUGACAGAGAGACGGAGAAUAAAAAGAGUGUGAAGAUGACCAAGGGCGCGCAGGCAGAUUCUGAUAUUGAAGCUUGCUUCCAGGAACCCGGGCCAACUGUUACUUUCACCAGGCUGCAUUACUGUAUUCAAGAGAAGAAGUUCUGCCGAAAGAUAGGUCCUGAAAAACAAAUUCUCAAAGAUGUAAGUGGCAUCAUGAGGCCAGGGAUGAAUGCUAUCUUGGGAGCCACAGGAAGUGGUAAAACAUCACUUCUAGAUGUCAUAGCAGGUAGAAAAGAUCCAGCUGGACUCCGCCAAGGAACAGUCCAAGUCAACGGCAAAGCUGUCACUUCUGAACUCAGGCUCAGCUCUGCUUAUGUGGUACAGGAUGACAUCUUGAUGGGCACUCUAAGUGUGAGGGAGAACCUUCUCUUCAGUGCCAACCUGCGUCUCAACCCAAAACAUUACUCCUCUGCUGAUAAACAGGAAAGAGUGAACUCCAUCCUGCAAGACCUGGGCCUUGUGGACUGUGCUGACACUAAGAUAGGAACUGAGUUUCUGCGAGGCGUGUCAGGAGGGGAGAGGAAAAGGUGCAGCAUCGGGAUGGAGCUCAUAACUUCUCCCUCUCUGUUGUUUCUGGAUGAGCCAACAACAGGACUGGAUUCCAACACUGCAAACUGCAUCAUUGGUCUGCUGCACAAACUGUCCAGAAGAGGUAAAACUGUAAUCUUCUCCAUCCACCAACCACGCUACUCCAUCUUCAAGCAGUUUGACCACCUCACUCUGAUGCAUAAAGGAGAAAUUGUGUACGCAGGGGCAGCAGACCAUACUCUGGAAUAUUUUACAGACAUUGGGUAUCAAAUUGAGCCUUUUAACAACCCUGCUGAUUUCUUCAUGGAUAUCACAAACGGAGAGGCAACAUCCAGAAAGCAACCACAGAAAGAGGAGGGCAAGAACUGGUUAGCGAUGGAGUAUCGUGAAUCUGGCCUGUACCAGAACGUAAUGCAGGAACUGGACCAGGUGAACCAGAGCAUUACUGAUAUGGACAACAGAAAAGAAGAGGCAGCCAGCUACAGCACAUCUUUCCUCUAUCAGAUGCGUGUGGUGUGUGGAAGAACAGUGCUGAACCUUUUCAGGAACCCGCAGACCUCAUACGCCCAGCUGGUUCUCCAUAUCUUUUUUGCCAUUCUGGUGGGAUGUAUUUACUACCAGAUGCCUCUGACUAUGCCAGAGGGUUUGCAGAACAGGAGUGGCGCUUUCUUCUUCCUCAUCAUAAACAUGGUUUUUGGGAAUCUUUCUGCUGUCGAACUCUUUAUCAACGAAAGGGCAAUCUUCAUUCAUGAGAACUCCAGUGGAUAUUACAGGACCUCUGUCUACUUCUUGUCCAAGCUCUUUGCUGAUCUCAUCCCCAACCGCAUCAUCCCCAUCUUGGUGUUUUCAGCCAUCGCCUACUACAUGAUGGCGUUGAAGCCAGCUUUUGUGGCCUUCCUCUGCUUUUCCCUGACCAUGUCUCUGGUCAGCUUGGCAGGAGUCAGCCUUGCUUUCCUGGUCUCCGCCAGCGUAUCUACAUUUGCAAUGGCUAACAUCCUGAUUGCCCUCCCGUUUGUCUUCAUGAUGGUUUUUGGUGGUUUUCUCGUCAAUCUCAACUCCAUGCUGAGUUGGUUGUCUUGGUUGAAAUGGAUCAGUAUUUUCAAUUAUGGGCUAAAUGCUGUAUACAUCAACGAGAUGAAAGGUCAGAUUUUCUACAGCAACAAUACCAUAGUCCCAGGAGAGGUAUUUCUGGAAAGCAUGGACAUUGACUACUCUGUGUGGGGCUUCUGGCAGAAUCACGUGGCUCUGCUGGGAAUCAUUUCUGUCUGCUUGGCGCUUUCUUAUGUGCAGCUGCUGCGAAUCAACCGAUGGAAGUGAUGCCAACCUAUCUGUUCGUUGAUAUUUAUUGGGAUUUUUACCAGAUAGAGAAAAUUGUUUUAAGUUUAUUCUAUAAUAUAUUUCUUUUGUCUUUAGUUGUUAAAGAUUUGGAAAGGAAAAUAAAUUGAUUUGUUUAACAGCUCACAUGGUAUGUCACACUGAGUGACACACUCACACCAAACACACAUGUUGUAACAUUUGACUCUGGCUGAUAAGCUGACGCUUAGCACACCUGAUAGGAAAAUGAGGGAGUGACAAGAGGCAAGCCAGCAUCUAAUUUCUCACAAAGCUGAUUACAGGGAGUGAGCUAACAUUAGCAGCAAAGAAGAAAAUAUGUGCAUAAUCCACACUUUCCCUGCUUUCCUUUUUAAUAUGAAAACUGCAUAAAGCUCUUUAAAAUAAUAGUUAGUAAAUCCAUGUGAUGAGCUAUUUGCAGAUUUUAGUGAAACAUAUGGCCGGCCAAAGGCACAAACAAACUGUAUUGGCUUCUUAGAGCUUGCUUCUGGCUUUGAGGUCCCAUAAUAACUUGAAUUCACUCAGAACAGAUUUAAAACAGUAUUUGCAUAUAUACUCAGGAAAACCUUUUGAGAAAGUUUGAAUCAGAAUAUGACUGUAAUUGAAUAACUUCCGCUCUUGAAAAAACAUUUCAUGUUCACAGGUUUAAGUAAAAAUUAAAAUACUAGAAACAUUCCUAAAAAAAAUUGACGAAUAAUAUUAUGCCCAAAAGCAUAAUAAUUUUUUUUUUUUUUUUUUUGUCUGGCUUGUUUGGAUCUGUUUGAAUGACUUAAAUCUAUUUUCAGCUGGAACUUAUCUGGAAAAUGACUGAAAAACAUUUGUAGGCUUUUUUUAAGGUACAAUAUCUUUUCAUGUCUGGUUUAAGUUCCUUGGUAACUUUUAUAUGGAUGAGAUUGUGUGAUUUUAUUGAAUCUCCUUUUCAUCAGUGGCUCAAUUAACUUUGUGACCUUCGUUUUGAAUAUUCUAAACAAUGAAAUACUGAAACCUCUUAUUUUUUAAAGGUCUGUCUAAACUUUAUUUUGAAAGGAUGACAAUCCAAUUUUCAUAAUUGGUGCAGCUCCAUUUGUGAAUAUAUCAACAAUGUAUUCAAUUAAAUAUCGACACGUUUAUUUUCAUGUUUAUUCUGAAACUUUAAUUUGAAAUCACUGCAUCACUGCAUUUUCAUGACUCCUAGAUUCAUUUAUCAUGUGGAACCUACUUUUCCAAGAUUCUAGUCCAUGAAAUAUUGAGGUCUGUAUUUUGAAAUUAAUAAUUGCCAAUUCUGGAGUAAGGAGAAAAGUGAUCAGCUUAACAGUUGUAAUUUAUUUAAACUUUAAAUAGUUAAAAUAAUGAUCUUUUUCUCUUUGCCUUGUCUUAAAUCUCUGUUUGAAACCUGUCAUAUUUUUAUUG